UUAAAAGUAUUAAAAUAUUUUUUUUAGGAUAACUUUUUCUUUCAAAUGUGUAUAUACUGUAUAUGUGUAUGUGAGUGAAACUGACCGAGAUUCAGUUUUCAGGCUAGGAACACUGAGGUGGAUUGUAAAUUCAGCACCACCUUUGCUACAUUGACAUUUGUUUAAAAACAUACGUUGUUGAUUUUAUUUUUUAACAAUCCAUUUAAAAGUUAGUUUUUAAAAAAAAUUAAUAAUAAUAAUUAAAAAAGAAACCCCAAUACAAACUGAAACAACCAUGUCUGGAGAGGUGCGUUUGAGGCAGUUGGAACAGUUUAUUUUGGAUGGGCCAACUCGGACUAAUGGGCAGUGCUUCAGUGUGGAAACCUUGCUGGAUAUACUCAUCUGCCUUUAUGAUGAAUGUAAUAAUUCCCCCCUGAGGAGAGAGAAGAAUAUUCUUGAGUAUCUAGAAUGGGCCAAACCUUUUACAUAUAAGGUGAAACAGAUGCGACUACAUAAAGAAGAUUUUGAAAUCUUGAAGGUGAUUGGUCGAGGAGCCUUUGGGGAGGUUGCAGUAGUAAAACUGAAAAAUGCAGAUAAGGUAUUUGCCAUGAAAAUACUGAAUAAAUGGGAGAUGCUGAAGAGAGCUGAGACAGCCUGUUUUCGAGAAGAGAGGGAUGUACUAGUGAAUGGAGAUAACCAGUGGAUCACAACAUUGCACUAUGCCUUCCAGGAUGACAACUAUUUAUACCUGGUUAUGGAUUACUACGUUGGAGGAGAUCUGCUCACCCUGCUUAGCAAGUUUGAGGACAGGUUACCUGAAGAUAUGGCUCGUUUUUAUUUGGCUGAAAUGGUGAUAGCGAUUGAUUCUGUACAUCAGUUACACUACGUCCACAGGGACAUUAAACCAGACAACAUCUUGAUGGAUAUGAAUGGACAUAUUCGGUUAGCAGAUUUUGGUUCUUGUCUGAAACUGAUGGAAGAUGGAACGGUCCAGUCUUCGGUGGCAGUUGGAACUCCAGACUACAUCUCUCCAGAAAUCCUGCAGGCCAUGGAAGAUGGAAAAGGGAAGUAUGGACCUGAGUGUGACUGGUGGUCCCUAGGUGUUUGCAUGUAUGAAAUGCUUUAUGGAGAAACGCCCUUUUAUGCAGAGUCCUUGGUGGAGACCUACGGGAAAAUAAUGAACCACAAAGAGAGGUUUCAGUUUCCUGCACAAGUGACAGAUGUGUCUGAAAAUGCCAAGGACCUCAUUCGAAGGCUCAUUUGCAGCAGGGAGCAUCGACUUGGGCAAAAUGGGAUAGAAGACUUUAAGAACCACCCAUUUUUUGUUGGGAUUGAAUGGGAUAACAUUCGGAACUGUGAAGCACCUUACAUCCCUGAAGUCAGCAGUCCAACUGAUACAUCAAACUUUGAUGUGGAUGAUGAUUGUUUAAAAAACUCUGAGACAAUGCCUCCACCAACACACACUGCAUUUUCUGGUCAUCAUCUGCCAUUUGUGGGUUUUACAUAUACAAGUAGCUGUGUGCUUUCAGACCGCAGUUGUCUAAGAGUUACAGCUGGACCACCCGCUAUGGACCUUGAUGCCAGUGUUCAAAGGACUUUGGAGGAUAGCUUAGCAACAGAAGCUUAUGAGAGGAGAAUAAGGCGCCUGGAGCAGGAAAAACUUGAACUCAGUAGAAAACUGCAAGAAUCCACCCAGACAGUCCAGGCUUUACAGUAUUCAACUGUGGAUGGUCCAGUAACAGCAAGCAAAGAUCUAGAAAUUAAAAGCUUAAAAGAAGAAAUUGAAAAGUUAAGAAAACAGGUAACCGAUUCCGGUCAGCUGGAACAGCAACUGGAGGAGGCCAGUUCUGCACGACGAGAAUUAGAUGAUGCUUCUAGACAAAUCAAGGCUUUUGAGAAACAAAUUAGAGCGCUGAAGCAAGAAAGAGAGGAUCUUAAUAAGGAACUGAUGGAGUCUAGUGAGAGAUUAAAAUCCCAAACCAAAGAGCUAAAAGAUGCACACAGCCAGCGGAAACUGGCCAUGCAGGAGUUCUCAGAGAUGAAUGAGCGGCUGACAGACUUGCACUCUCAAAAACAGAAACUUACCCGCCAGGUCCGAGAUAACGAGGAAGAGAUGGACGUGGUGAUGCAAAAGGUGGAAAUCUUAAGGCAAGAGUUACGGAGAACAGAAAGACUCAAAAAAGAACUGGAAGUCCAUGCUGAAGCUGCAGCUGCUGAGGCAUCCAAGGACAGGAAGUUGCGUGAGCGAAGCGAGCAGUACUCUAAACAGCUGGAGAGUGAACUGGAAGGACUAAAGCAAAAGCAAGUUGGUCGCUCACCAGGGGUGAGCAGCACAGAACAUCAGCAAGAGAUCACCAAAUUAAAGGCUGAGUUGGAAAAGAAGAGUGUUUUCUAUGAAGAGGAACUAUCCAAACGAGAAAUAAUACAUGCUAAUGAAAUCAAAUCCCUGAAGAAAGAACUGCGGGAUGCAGAGAGCCAACAGCUCGCCCUCAAGAAAGAGAUCAUGAUCUUGAAAGACAAGUUAGAAAAGACCAGGAGAGAGAGCCAAAGUGAAAGAGAGGAGUUUGAAACAGAGUUCAAACAGAAGUAUGAACGGGAGAAGACUCUGCUAACAGAGGAAAACAAAAAGCUCUCAAAUGAGCUUGAUAAGCUCACCACCAUGUUUGAGAGGCUAAGUAUGAACAACCGACAGCUAGAAGAAGAAAUGAGAGACCUGGCAGAUAAAAAGGAAUCUGUGGCACACUGGGAGGCCCAAAUUACUGAGAUCAUCCAGUGGGUGAGUGAUGAAAAGGAUGCUAGAGGGUAUCUACAAGCCUUGGCCUCUAAAAUGACAGAAGAACUAGAGGCUCUGCGGAACUCCAGUUUGGGUGCAAGAGCAACCGACAUGCCCUGGAAGAUGCGCCGCUUUGCUAAAUUGGAUAUGUCAGCAAGGCUGGAACUGCAGUCAGCCCUUGAUGCAGAAAUCCGAGCCAAACAGGCCAUUCAAGAUGAGUUAAAUAAAGUUAAAGCUUCCAGCAUCUCUACAGAAUGUAAACUUCAAGAGUCAGAGAAGAAGAACUUGGAACUGUUGUCAGAAAUUGAAAAACUGAAAAAGGAGACAGAAGACCUUAGAUCAGAAAAGGGUGUAAAGCACCAAGACUCACAGAAUUCUUUCUUGGCAUUUUUGAAUGCUCCUACCUCUACUCUGGAUCAAUUUGAACGCUCUCCUUCCUGUAUUCCAGCUAACAAAGGCAGACGUAUUGAUUCAGUUGAGAACUUUACAUUGUCUAAUACUCCUUCACGGGAUGAAGAUAUCAAGUCUCACCUCCAUUCAAGAUCUAGAUCUCCUUCCACAGCUAGUGACAUUGAACCAAUUGAGGUUACAGAUCAUCCUCCACGCUCGGUUCAUACACCAGCCAUGAGGACAGCAUAUAUUGGAUCAGGACUCUCUGCACCAAAGCCUAAGGCCCACCAGUUUGUAGUGAAAUCUUUUAAUACCCCUACAAAAUGCAAUCAGUGCACAUCUCUGAUGGUUGGUUUAAUAAGACAGGGCUGCACUUGUGAAGUAUGUGGAUUCUCAUGCCAUGUGACCUGUGCAGACAAGGCCCCAGCAGUGUGCCCAAUCCCUCCUGAACAGACCAAAGGCCCUCUGGGGAUAGAUCCACAGAAAGGCAUAGGAACUGCAUAUGAAGGUCAUGUCCGAGUUCCUAAACCAGCUGGAGUAAAGAAAGGUUGGCAGAGAGCGCUCGCUGUGGUCUGUGAUUUCAAACUCUUCCUGUAUGAUAUAGCAGAAGGAAAAGCAUCCCAGCCCAGCGUGGUAGUGAGUCAGGUUAUUGACAUGAGGGAUGAAGAAUUCUCAGUGAGUUCUGUCUUGGCCUCUGAUGUCAUCCAUGCAAAUCGAAAAGAUAUCCCCUGUAUCUUUAGAGUUACAGCUUCCCAGCUCUCCGCAUCCAGUAAUAAGUGUUCGAUCCUGAUUCUAGCAGACAGUGAGAAUGAAAAGAGCAAGUGGGUAGGAGUGCUGAAUGAAUUGCAUAGGAUUUUGAAGAAGAAUAAGCUCAAAGACCGAUCAGUCUAUGUUCCCAAAGAGGCUUAUGACAGCACCCUCCCUCUCAUCAAAACAACCCAGUCAGCCACAAUCAUAGAUCAUGAAAGAAUAGCUCUGGGCAAUGAAGAAGGGUUGUUUGUUGUGCAUGUCACCAAAGAUGAGAUUAUUCGUGUUGGUGACAAUAAGAAAGUUCAUCAGAUUGAGCUCAUCCCUAAUGUACAGCUCAUUGCAGUGAUCUCGGGACGAAACCGUCAUGUACGGCUUUUCCCUAUGGCAGCCCUGGAUGGAAGAGAGACUGAGUUUUAUAAGCUGGCAGAGACAAAAGGCUGCCAGACCAUAGUUUCUGGACAGGUACGCCAUGGAGCCCUGACUUGCCUAUGUGUGGCUAUGAAAAGACAGGUCCUGUGUUAUGAACUGAAUCAGAGCAAGACACGUCACAAAAAGAUGAAGGAGAUCCAAGUCCUGGGAAAUGUCCAGUGGAUGUCGGUCUUCAGUGAGCGGCUCUGUGUGGGUUACCAGUCAGGAUUCCUAAAAUAUCCCUUGCAUGGAGAAGGGAACCCAUACAGUUUGCUCCACCCAGAUGACCACACCCUAUCAUUUAUUGCACAGCAGCCAACUGAUGCCAUCUGCGCAGUUGAAAUCUCAAAUAAAGAAUAUCUGCUGUGUUUUAGCAGCGUUGGGGUUUAUGUUGACUGUCAGGGCCGAAGAUCUAGACAACAGGAAUUGAUGUGGCCUGCAACACCAUCCUCUUGCUGUUACAAUGCACCAUACCUCUCAGUAUACAGUGAAAAUGCGGUCGAUAUCUUUGAUGUGAACUCCAUGGAAUGGAUUCAGACUAUUCCACUCAAGAAGGUACGACCAUUGAAUACCGAAGGAUCAUUAAACCUUUUAGGACUGGAGACAAUUAGAUUAAUAUAUUUCAAAAAUAAGAUGGCAGAGGGAGAUGAACUGGUAGUUCCUGAGACAUCAGAUAACAGCCGGAAGCAAAUGGUUCGAAACAUCAACAAUAAGCGUCGUUAUUCAUUCAGAGUACCAGAGGAGGAGAGAAUGCAGCAGAGGAGGGAGAUGCUACGAGAUCCAGAAAUGAGAAAUAAAUUAAUUUCUAAUCCAACUAAUUUUAACCACAUAGCACACAUGGGUCCAGGAGAUGGAAUACAGAUCCUCAAAGACCUGCCUAUGCCGUGUUUUCCAUAUCCAUCCCCUCAUCACUUCAGUCUGAUCUCCUCUCCGAGCAACUUCGAGCACAUCUAUCACAUGACUGUUAAUUCAGCUGAAAAAUUCCUCUUUUAUGAUUCCAUAAACCCUGCAUACUCCCCAUCUCUGCGUUCUGUCGCUGGUACACCAGCCUUUGUGACUCUGAGGAAUCUUCGGCCUCAGGAAAGUCGGACCAUGUUCAGUGGCUCUGUCAGUAUCCCAUCGAUCACAAAAUCCCGCACAGAACCAGGGCGAUCGAUGAGCGCCAGUAGCGGGUUAGCAGCAAGAUCAUCGGCACAGAACGGCAGUGCUUUGCGGCGGGAAUUCUCAGGAGGGAGCUAUGGAGCCAAGCGUCAGCCCAUGGCAUCGCCAUCAGAUGGUUCACUGUCCUCUGGUGGUUUAGACCAAGGCAGCGACGUGCCGACAAGGGACUACGAACGAGAGGAUUCUGAUUCUCCAAGGCAUUCUACAGCUUCUAACAGUUCCAACCUAAGUAGUCCUCCCAGCCCAGUUUCUCCUCACAAGACCAAGAGUCUCUCCCUGGAGAGCUCUGACCACGUGAGUUGGGACUCAUGAACUGCUUCAGCAUUCAGAUCCAACAUCACUGCGGCUUAUUCUCCCCAUGGCUCCCCCUUCACUCAACCCAGUUCUCACUCUCAUCGCCCUUACCACUCCCUCUGAAAAUGGUCUGAGGGGAAGGGAGGGAAGAAGAUAAAAGGUUUGCCUUCUCUAGCGCUGUUCAGUGCUGCCUCGGCCUCCCCAGAUUUAGCAGCGGCAAACAAGCAAACCUAGGGUGUUGGUAAACAACAGAUGCCAUAGAUUUGUAUUAGUACUGGUUUCAUUUCAUGUGGCUACAGCUGCUUCCAUUAUUACAGAUAAAUUUACCCCACCAACUUGGAAAAAAAAAGUAGCUUAAAUAGACCAGAACAAUAUCAAUUAAAAGAAUAAAUCAGGUGGAUUGUUUCCAUACAAGAGCUAAUUAUCUUGUACAAGAGUAGCACAGAGACCCCACUCCUGGUGGGGAGCAAUCAGUCCAUCAGAGGCACAUGAAAGCUUUCAGCUAGCCACCAUGUUUGAAUGUCAAUCUGAUUGUCGCCAGCAAAUCCUUAUUAAAACGAUGCAUAUUUUACUACAGUAGAGAGUUUAAAUAAAUACACAAAUUUAAGAAUUAAAUACGUAUGUAUAUAUUCAAGGAGAAAAAGCAUCGUGUAUGCAGAAGAAGAUGGAUGCCUAUUUAAGAGAACCUUUAAUUUAAAAAGAUUUGUGGUGUUCCCGUUUUCAUGCUAAGUAACACACACAUUGGAGGCCUGGCAUAUAUAUAUAUAUAUAUAAUAUCCAGGAGCAGGAAUGUUACCUUUGGGUGGCACUUCACUGUUUUAGGAGAAAUCCCCCCCAGUGUGUUCAGUGACCUUUAUUCCUCUUGUCAGUAGCAGAACUAAAGCUGUAAGCCUCAUUUUGAAGAUGCCCCUGCCUGUCAUCUGCAAGAAUAACAUUGAUUUGAAAGUGAACCACUCUCUCAUCUACAACAAAGAGCAACAUUCAACCAUGUUGUUGUCAUGGUUUCCAGUGGGGUGGGCACUCGUGCAGCUUGACACCUUUGGCACUCAUGGAUCUCUGCGGGUACAUUAUACACCCUACGACAAUAAUGGGACAGUGCGGAAGAAAUCAUAGGUGAUACCAUUUCUAAAGGUCAGUGACUGACCUGGUUUAAUGAUGAAGGAAAUGGCCUUCCGAGCCUCCUCGGCCAUAUGUUAACCAGAAAGCUGUUACGUUGAUUAUCAAAUGUUAGCAUACAAUCUACAUCAAUCAAAUGUGAGUCCUGUUAGCCCAAAAAGAGCCUCUGUGGAAUAUGUUGUUGCUGUAGCAUAGCGAAGAACCUUGAAGACGCUGACCUAAUACUGUUCAUGCUGUGGCAGUUUAAGACACCUGGUAGCUCAGAGCUGCCACGCUGAUGAGGUUAAUGAUUUCCCUCCCCCGCCAUUUUGGACUGUGGUUUCAAUUUUUUUCUAUACAAUACCCUGCUGUUUGAUUCCAACAGCGAUGCAAGUUGCAGGCAGAAAUCACACCACCAGAGGACAGGAUCAGCAGAAGAUGCAGGCCUCUCUUUCAGCAAAGAGCCUGACAUUUAAAUCAAGGG